AUGCUCGCUUUGUCUCCUGCCCGUGACUUAUUCGCUUUAUCUUCCUCCACUACAAAGACGCCUUUUUCAUUGGACCAUCAUCAUUCUUCCGCUCUCCCCUCCUUCCCUUCAUAUCGUCAGCCUCCCUUUGUUGAAACGCCAUCCCAGCGUCGUGCUCGCGUCGCGUUUUCGCGUAAAGAGGACAACCGACAGGGUGAAGGAAAGAUAGUCGAAGAAAGGGUGGAAAGUUGGGUUCGAGAGCAGGUCCAACAGAGUACUUUCAUGGUUACCGCAGCUGCUAGAAUGUCGUCCGAGAAUGACAAAGCAGGCAAGGGUCGUAUGAGAAUCCUUAAUCGUCGACAAGGAGGCGCUCCUACUCUCAAGCCUGUGCCCGACGAAGUAGUGCUUCGUCGCAUGCUCAAAGACUCAUCUAAUCUCCUUUCCUCUAUUACGGAGGAAGAAGAUGAAGAGCCAUAUAUCCUUUACUCGACUCCCUUACCGCGAUAUUCCACAUAUCCCACUCCAGCUCCGUACUAUAACAGCAGUCCACCGUCUCCGACUAGAUCAUCCCCGAUUCGAUCGUCUCCUCGCAGUCCUGCUACCAGCCCUGCUACCAGCCCAACCAAACCAUCGCACCAGCGCCGGUUCUCUGACUUGCAAGCCAUACCAGAAGGCUUAGAGGAGUAG